CGUGCUCCAACUCCAGCAACGCCUCCAGCCCAGCGAUCCUCUCCCUCAGCGCCUCCUCCGGCGUUUCCGGCGAAGCCACCGCCGGCGCUGACGACGACGUCACCGCGCGGGGCUUCUUCUCGAUCGGGGCUUCUCAUCGCCGAUCCCUUGAGCUUCCCAUCGUCGUCGUCGUGCGUCUUUCUCUUUCUCUAAAUCCUCACCCAGUCGUGCCUCUCUCUGUCGCGCGCAGCUCAUCAUCGUGUUCCCUUGUGUCAUUUCGAGCUUUCAAAAAGAAGAAAAGGAUUUGGACACAGGAAUUUGAGAACCAAAUAGAUUGCCAGAAACUUUGAAGGUCCCAGACACAUGAUCUCCUGAGAAAAUAGUUACAAGUACAGAUAGAAAUAGAAAUUAAAGAAGAAGAAGAAGAAGCAACAGCAGCUUUAUAAAAACCAGAACUGGACACAUCAUGAAUUGGAGAUGGUUCUAUCAAGAGCAUAUAUGUGGCAUGCCAUGUUUGAUAGAUCUCCAAGUCAUCUAGCCAGUUAGCCCAACCCAACCCAACCCAACCCCACCAUAUUUGAAUUCUGCAGGUGAGCUAGAAGCUGUUAAUGCUGCAGAGAAGGCUGAACGGGAAGCUUCAGCUAAGGGACAAGGUGUUGACAGUGAUCUCGCAGAAGCAGAAGGCUGCUCUGAGAGAAGCUUACAAGAAAAAUAAGUUUUUGCCGCGUGAUCUCCGCCCCAAGAAGACCUGUGCCAUCAGACGUCGCCUCACUAAGCAUCAGGGGCCUCUGUGGAAUUACGUCAAGAGGAAAGCUAAAACGCAAGGCUCUCGCUUUCAGCUCGAUCCCGCUGCCCUUCCCCAAAGCUCUCGAUACUGUACCGCCGGUUCUCGGGUCGCCGGCCACUUCUCCACCUUCACGUCAUCAACGGAUUCUGAGCUUCGGAGAAAAAGAAAACUGAGGACUUGCAUGAGUCAAUAUCUCAGACGGAUGAUGUUGCCAUCACACCCUGAUAUUGUCACUCGGAAGAUUCUUGUUCCAACACCUUACCUGUCUCCUAUCCCACUUCCAUCACCAAGGGAGGCACAUUUUUGGUACAUGGUGCCGGAUGAGGUCAAUGAUGAAUCACUACUUGAUCAAUAUUCAGAACUCUUAUCUUCAUGUGAAAGGGAUAAUGUCUUUGGCAUGAAGGACAAGAGAUUGUGGAAAGGGGCUCUUUUAGCCCGUGCCCUCUUGCGCACAACCCUUUCACGAUACACAAGGUGUGAGAUCAUCAGUCCUAGAUCAUUGAAGUUCAAGAAGAACAAAUAUGGGAAGCCUGAGGUAGACUGGCAAUGUGACGGUCAAUGGGUUCCACCAUCUUUGCAUUUCAAUAUUUCACAUACAUCUUCAUUGAUUGCCUGUGGUGUCACUCUGGAUGUGCCUAUUGGUAUUGAUCUUGAAGAGAAACAGCGCAGGCUGAAGAGCGACAUUCUGUCUUUCGCUCGUCGUUACUUUUCUACUUUUGAGGUUGAAUUUUUGCAGGCUAUUGCAGACCCUGAAAACCAGAGACAGGAAUUUGUCAAAUUAUGGACCCUUAAAGAAGCCUAUGUUAAAGCUCUGGGCCGAGGAUUUUCAGCUGCACCCUUCAGUAGAUUCACAAUUCAGUUUCGAGUAAGUGAAUAUAUGAAAAUUCUGAUAGAAUCACAAAUCUUUCUCGCCGAACAUCCUUUUCUAAUUGUUCAGUUGCUGAAUGUAUACAUUAAAUCUUUGUGCCAGGACGAUGAAAUAACAGUUGAGGAUUCGGAAAAUUCUAAAAAUCUCACUUCCAAUUGGCAAUUUGCCCUAUUUGAACUGGAUGGUUCUCACUAUGCUUCAGUUUGCAUGGAGAAAAAUAAAAUUUCGGACGGAAGGGGAAGGGAGCCAAUGAGACUGAAAGUGUGGAAGACUCUUCCCUUUGUAAAUGAUGAAUUUGUUUCAGGCACGGAUGCAGUUAUUAGUCUGAAUGGAUUAUCUUGAACCCUCAAUCUGAAACUCACCCACUUUGUAUUGUACUUGGAAGCAAGAGAAAUGAAAUAUAUGUUGAAUAUAAGCAAGAACAUUAGAUUUUCUUUCCCUCAGGUUGACAUAUGAAAAUUCUUUUCAUCUA